AUGAUGCCACCCGCCCAAUUGAAGGAGAUGCUGCAGUCGCCUAACUUCGAUAAAGACGUCCUUUUGCUUGAUCUGCGGGUUUCGCCACAAUUCGCCAUGUCACGAAUAAAAGGGGCUUUGAAUUUGUGCAUUCCGACGACUCUACUCAAGCGUGCCACCUUCAACCUGCAGAAACUACAGCAAACGUUCCAAGGCGAUGGCGACCAGGGCAGGUUUUCAAAAUGGCGAGAAGCAAAGUAUUUAGUUGUCUACGAUGCUUUCUCGUCUGAGAAACGAGACGCUGUCUCUGCCGUGAACAUGCUUAAAAAAUUCACCAACGAAGGCUAUGAUGGAACAUGUGCCAUACUGCGUGGUGGAUUCAAUGGCUUUGCGGCAGCUUAUCCGGAUUUGAUCGAUAAUCGCAGUGCCAGCACAGACAGCAAACGGCCAAGCGUAGCACCAGUGAUUGGUGGAGUGAUGCUACCCACAACGAGUAACAACCCGAAUCCCUUUUUCUCAAAUAUCAGACAGAACCAGGAUCUUCGCGACGGUGUUGGCCAGUUAGACGUUUCUCUUCCGGCAGGCGUUGAGAUGGAAACACUACCACAAUGGUUGCGAGCCGCCGUCGAUUCAGAUGAUCAUGGCAAGAAAGUCAGCGACAAGUUCCUGCAGAUUGAACUAGCCGAGCAGUCAAGAAUGAAGGAUGCGUAUUCUAUGUUUCAGCCGACAUCACAGAAUCCUGUGGAUGAGACCGAAAGAGUUCAGCUAUCUGGCAUAGAGAAAGGCGGCAAGAACCGCUACAAGGACAUCCUACCAUUCGAACAUGCUAGGGUUCGACUGAUGGGCAGGCCCGAGGGAUCUUGUGACUAUGUCAAUGCGAGUCAUAUCACGGCGUCAAGGAGCCACAAGCAGUACAUCGCCACCCAAGGCCCGCUGCCUGCUACCUUCGAGGAUUUUUGGUCUGUUAUCUGGGAUCAAGACGUCCGCGUCAUUGUCAUGCUCACUGCAGAGUCCGAAGGUGGACAACUCAAAUGUCAUCCUUACUGGAAUAGCCGUGAGUUUGGAUCGAUUCGGCUCAAGUCUCUGAGCGAGAAGAAAGUCUCGCUCGAUAUCGAUAAGCAUCGUUCCCACUCUAACGUGGCAGCUCUGUCUACUGCGAGCUCCGAGAGCUCCAGCGGUUCUGCAACAGCUUCCAUCCAGCACCACGACUCAUUCGGUUUUGGCGCGGCGAUGGCCACGGCGGAGAUGGGUCGGCGACGCGCGAAUACGACGACUACUCUGGAAGGCAGCACCCCAACCCCCGUGCAGCCCAAGCUAGGCAGAGACUCGAGCGGGAGCGGGGGUGAGACGCCGUAUGUCAUCAUUCGGAAAUUUGCCCUUUCUCACGCGGCUCAUCCUUUCGCCCCUAUCCGCGAGAUCACCCAUUUGCAUUACCCUUCAUGGCCAGACUUUGGUGCGCCGGCUCAGCCCAGCCACCUCCUGGCUCUUGUCGAAUUGGCUAAUGUCAUGCAACGGGCUGCCCUGCCAGUCGAUGUGCCCGGUGCUAUCGCCUCCGCUAGCAGUGGGUCUGACUCUGCCGAGUCUUCACCAGCUGGCUCCAAGACCGGCAAGUCACCUGGCCUCAAGCGAAAGGCAGAUACCAUCCCCCUGGCCUGGCACGACGAACCUGAGACAGAUGCCAAGUCACGGCCAAUGUUGGUGCACUGCUCGGCCGGCUGUGGACGUACAGGCACAUUCUGCACUGUCGACAGCGUGAUUGACAUGCUGAAGCGACAGAGACUGAGGAAUGUUAGGCGGGCAAACCGCAACAUUGAGCGGCGUGUAGGUGGCUUUGAUAGGGAUAUGGAUGCCGAGGGAGAUAUCAGCAUGGGUGAUGAACCAUUGAUCGGCUCUCACGAUACAGAUCCAUUCGAAGAUGCUGUCAGCCCUAGGACGGCCACAGCCAAGAUGCCGGAGUUCCCGCGUUUGCGAAGCGACAGGGCUUCUUUCGAAGACGAGUUUAGCAAAGUUCCUGGCCUUGACUUGUCAUGGAUGAAUGACGACGGCGUCGAUCUUAUUGCUACGACAGUUGAGGAUUUCCGUCGUCAGCGCUUGAGUAUGGUUCAGAGUCUUAGACAAUUUGUUCUCUGCUAUGAGACCGUGCUGGAGUGGAUAUGGCGGCUGCAGGAGCGUGGAGGACCAGCCGGCAGCACUGGGCCAGGGGCAUUGCGAGGACGAGGGCGAAGUGGCACUUUCACCAACUAA